AGCCUGGCUCAGGGCCUCGCAAGGGGAGGGCGGCCCAGGGCCCCUGCGGCGCGCCGCUGCGGCGCGCGGGCCUGCGCGCGGCCGGUCGGAGGCCGCCCGUCGGCCGAGGCGCCUCUUGGCGGCCAUGUGCGAGUACGCCGCGGCCUGCGACGCCCGCGCCAUGCACGUCGGGAGUUACAGCGCGUGGCUCACCAAGGUGAAGGGCGAGGGCGCCAGGGCGAAGUGGCUCUCGGGGGCGACCAGGAGGUACUUCACCAUCGACUUUGGCUCGCAGAUAUUCUUCUAUUCGCACGCUGAGGACCAAAGGAAGGUGUCGCAGCCCGUGCGCUUCAAGGACAUCCGCUCCGCGCAGCAGCUCCCGAGGCCGGCGCAGGCGGCCAAGUACGCGAAGGACCACACGUUCGGCUUUGUGGUGACGACUGUGGACAAGGUCUUCGAGCUCUACACGGUCAGCUACCUCGACGCGGAGCACUGGAGGGGGGGG